AUGGCAAUAUUUGGUUCAAGAUUGGUUCGAAAGGACGACAAGAAUGCUUCAGGGUUAGGAGGGCCCUCACCAAGCAAUACAAACUUGCACUCUUCUCCAGUUAAACUGAGCAUAUCGUUGGAAUCACCUCCUGUUGUCUUGUAUGGCCAGCCUCAUGAGAGCACUGGCUCCAUACUGUCGGGUCUCCUAAGUUUGGAUGUGUUAUCAUACACCCAGAUCGCAUCCCCCACCAUGUCAGGCUCUAAUAGUCCGGGAAUUUUGACUCCUGUAAGAUCCACCAGUUCUCUGAACGUCUUAACUCCAACAACUUCGUUGACAAUGUCUCAGGACUACUCUAAACUUGACUCUAUUGAGAUCGUCAACGUCACUUUGUCAUUCGUGCAGACGAUUACCUACGGGAAACCUUUGGCCCCGCCUUCAAACACGUUACAGAAUUGUCCAGAUUGUAAGCAAAAGAAACUAGAAUUGGCAAGAUGGGACAUUUUAGCUCAGCCCACAUCGUUUGCUAAAGGUGCCGUACACGCGUACCCCUUUUCUCAUCUGCUCCCUGGUGCUCUUCCAGCUACAACGCUUCUUGGAAACACUAACACAGUUAUUAAGUAUGAGCUGGUAGCUGAUGCAGAAUAUUUGAAUGCCCGCAAAAAGCCCGAGUACUUGAGGAUUAAACUGCCAAUCAUAAUAAAACGCUCCAUCUUGCGAGGUCCUGAUAGGAAUUCUCUUCGAGUGUUCCCCCCAACGGAUGUCACUGCAACGGCUGUGCUUCCCAAUGUGGUGUAUCCCAAGUCUACUUUUCCUAUUGAGCUUCGAUUGGAUAACGUAUGCACAAAGUAUCGUCGUUGGAGGAUGCGGAAGUUGGUAUGGCGUAUGGAAGAACACAUCAAAGUGCGAGCAGUUUCCUGUGAAAAGCAUGAAACAAAACUAAAAGUACUACAAGAUUAUGCAAACAAACAACAUCAUAGAUUUAAGCGGCCUCACAACACUGGGGGGCAGACUUUCACGCAUCUUUCUGUUGGAACGGCCUCAGGACAUGAUAUAAACACUAAUGGCCCAAUCAAUCCCGUUCGGACCGUUACCACGGAAGAAGAAGUUGCAAUAACUCCCGCCGCUGGUGGAAUAGAUCAUGUUGCACUAACCCAGGAAGCCUUGGCUCAGGAACAAGCAAGAGAGUACGAAUCUCGAUACGGUGGUAGUGCUGCCAAUUCAAACUCCGAGAAUCACAACAAUAAUACAAAUUCUUCAAACACAGAGAACAGUAACAUUCCUAUAGAUCAUUUCAAUGACGAAAGAGGUUCAAACAAGCCAGUUUUAUUUUUGGAAGAGAUCCGUACGAUAUCUCAGGGAGAGAUAAAAAGUGGAUGGAAAUCCGAUUUCUCAGGAAAAGGAGUGGUUGAGUUGGUUGCUGACAUAAACAUAAUGAACCUGAGCAGCAUAGCUUUAGACUCGUCAUUGUCAAAUCUGAGCUCAGUUACGAGUCAAAAUUGUAAUCAGCCGAUGUUCAACCACGACGAUCUUUUCGUGAGUUCUAUGGCCAACUGUUCCUGUGAUCUCUCAGAGAAGGAGCUAGGAGUUUUUGUUAGCCAUUUGCUGGUGGUGGAAAUUGUUGUCGCUGAAGAACUAAUUCAACGAAAGGGAGUUACACAUACUCAUAGAGGUUCAAAUUCUCAAGCAAAGAGCCCUUCUGUGAGAUUUGGAGGUGUCAAUGGUGGAGGAAAUGCUUUUGAGCAGACUCAUUCUAGCGAGCCAGCCGAUGAUACAGAUGAAUUACGUUUUCAAUUAUCUAACAAUUCGGAGCUACCAGUCUCUGAAGUUACGUCUGAGCAAGAUAAUGAUUCAGUGGUGGGCAUAGCUACUGGAGUAGCUCGUGUGCUAAGAAUGCAAUUCAAGGUACUACUCACUGAAAGAUCCGGAUUGGGCGUUUCUUGGGACGACGAAGUGCCGCCAACGUACGAAAACGUCUCUGCGCUUUCACCUCCCACCUACGACCAAGCGCGUAAGCCUGAAGGGCCUAUGACGGGCGAAGAUCUCACUCCACCAACUCACCCAGCAGGUGCACAUACCAGAGAAAGAGAAACACCAUUAAACAGCAGUCCUUCCAUGGUUACUCCAGGAGUUCUCUAUGGGAUAGGAGACACUCCCGGUGUAAGCAUUGACGGCGUCUUGCAAUUGGAUGAUGCAAUCCAGGAGCUCAAGCUAUCUUAG